ACAGGCGUGGUGUACGAGCACCCCCGCAUCGGCUCCGACGGAGAAUCGGAGGAGGCGAGCGGCACGUCAGACGAGCUCACCAGUCCAGUACACGUCAAACUACGGCAGAGGAGGGACCGGGAACGGCGGCCCAGUGCUAACGAGAUCAACAAACGGCUGUCGCUGCCGGCCGAUCUCCACCUGCCCGAGUCUUUCCUUCAGAAACAGUCGCUCAGUCCGACCCUGGAUGGGAGUCUGACCCGAGCCACCCGACGACAGUCACUCUCAGAGAUCGGCUUCGGCCAGCAGGACACCUACAUCAAACUCGACAAACUCGGAGAGGGUACCUACGCUACUGUCUAUAAGGGCAAGUCGCGACUCAUUCCGAACCGGAUCGUGGCAUUGAAGGAGAUUCGGCUGGAGCACGAGGAGGGCGCGCCCUGCACCGCCAUUCGCGAGAUCUCCCUGCUGAGGAAACUCAAACAUGCCAACAUCGUGACCCUCCACGACGUGUGUAACACCAGUACGUCAAUGACGCUGGUUUUUGAGUUUCUGGAGAAGGAUCUCAAACAGUACAUGGAAGACUGCAAUAACGUACUCAGCCUCAACAACGUCAAGCUGUUUCUGUUCCAGCUGCUGCGCGGCCUCGCCUACUGCCACCAGUACCGGGUGCUGCACCGCGACCUGAAGCCGCAGAACCUGCUCAUCAACCAGCUGGGCGAGCUCAAACUGGCCGACUUUGGCCUGGCGCGCGCCAAGUCAGUGCCCACCAAAACCUACAGCAACGAGGUGGUGACACUGUGGUACCGGCCGCCGGAUGUGCUGCUCGGAUCCACCGUCUACUCGACGCCGAUCGACAUGUGGGGCGUGGGCUGCAUCUUCUUCGAGAUGGCGGCCGGCCGGCCCCUCUUCCCCGGCUCCACAGUCAAAGACGAGCUGAUGCUCAUCUUCAAGACACUGGGCACGCCGACCGAGCAGACGUGGCCAGGGGUGACAUCUAUCGACGAGUUUAAGCAGUACAACUUCCCGCCGAGCCGCUCCGAGUCGCUGGCGGAGCGGUGUCCGCGGCUGGGCGGCGACGGUCUGGCGCUGCUGCGACAGUUCCUGCUGUACGAGGUGACGGGGCGGAUUGCCGCCGCCGACGCCAUGCGACACCCGUACUUUGGCUCCCUGGGACCGGCUGUGCUAUCACUACCAGACGAUGUUUCAAUAUUCACGCUGCCGGGCAUCAGUCUGUGCCGGGAGCACGGCCGCGGCGGCAGCAGCGGCGGCCAGUCGCAGUCCGGCGCCAGGCAGCGGCGGCAGACGCUGCUGCUCUGAGCCGGCCGCGCCCAGCGCCGCCACGCGGCAAUAUUCCGAACUAGUAGUGUGUGCGCCGGCCGCCGGGCGGCGCGGCUCGUCAUUCCGGCCGGUGAUGCUCGCUCGCGGUGGUCCACUAGUCUCUCAAGGUCCGACCGGUCGUCUUUCAGCCGCGCCGGCCCGCGCCCUGGCUGACCGUCUCCGGCCCACGCGGCAGCGGCGCUGACAGACAGACAGACAUACGGGGCAACACGCCGAGCGAGCGACUGAGAUAGAAAGAACGAGCGAGAGAUAAAGGGAAAUAUUUGUCAAAUCGCGUGGCUGUAACUUCUUUUGCGCGUUCAUAUCUACGUAUAUAAAUAACCUUAUGAUGCGUUCCCAAUGUGCCGUGUCGUGUGUGCGACGUGACUAUGUGUAUUUGCCGGAUCUAGUGACAUAGCCGAAAUCCGAGCGUUCUCUGACGCUCUUCAGUGGCGGAGGGUCGGCGGGCGGCGCUGGCUGACCUGGGGUCCUCGCCCCGACCCGGCUCCCCGCCGGGCCGGUCGGACGCGCCCCGGCCGACCCUCCCCGCAGUUGUUUAGUCGUGGGAAGUCUAUUUUUGCAGCGUUCUGCGGACAUUGUGUGGGAACGGCUCGCUGGGUGUUGUUGUGAUGUGCGGUCCCGAGUCCCUUGUCAGAGGCGAAAUGUUCACACACAAACACACACACAUACACACACAUACACAGUGUUGCCCGACCAAAAUCGUCAAUAAAGCUGUUUGUAUA